AUUGUUCUUCGAAAGCCCAAAAACUAUCUCAAAGAGCUUCUGAAAAAAUGCCAUCUCAUAAAUUCUUCGAAAGGAUAUUACCUCAUCCCAAGAAACUCUUGUACAAACGGACUCAACAUGAAUCUGAAAAUUUAAUCAUAGAUCUGGAAACUUUGAAUGAUGGGAAAUAUCCACCAGAAGUAACAGUAGGUCUUAUUGUACAGUAUUACGGAUAUAGUGAUGAUUAUAGAAAAGAUGUUAAGCAAGCAACAUUCUAUGGUUACUUUCAUAUUCACACUGGUUAG